GACUGCGAGGCAACGUGGACCUAAAGCAGGCUCGCCGAUAGCUCAUAUUCUGCUCAGAUACAAGUGUGAUUCGUUUACAACAACACAGCAGAGUCCCCGCGCAGCUAGCUGGAAGCUGUAACGUGCAUUUUAUUUACAACAGCAUUAAGAAAGUAGCUAAGUAAGGCUAGCUAAGAGCUUUAACCAGCGUUAGUGAACCAGCCAGCGUUGACGUGAGUCAGAUUGUUGCCUGCUGCACGCAGCGUGGUUUGAGAAGUACUUAGCUUUAGCCUCUACUGCUGUUGGCCAGCGUUUGUUAGCUUUGAAUUGUGGUGCAGAUCAGAGUAGUAGGAGGAAAGCUGCUUCAUGACUAUGACUGCAGAAGAGCAGACAAGUGAAGGACAACACACCAUCCCAAUGGAGGGAGAGGACAUCACACCAAAGAAAGACGGGGGUGUUUUAAAGUUGGUGAAAAGGGAAGGCACAGGCACAGAGUUGCCUAUGACCGGCGACAAAGUGUUUGUACAUUAUGUUGGCACACUGCUGGAUGGUACUCAUUUUGACUCAAGCAGAGACAGAGGAGAGAAGUUUUCAUUCGAGUUGGGCAAAGGUCAAGUAAUAAAGGCAUGGGACAUCGGGGUAGCCACAAUGAAAGUGGGAGAGUUGUGUCAGCUCAUCUGUAAGCCAGAAUACGCUUAUGGAUCUGCAGGCAGUCCGCCAAAGAUACCCCCCAAUGCCACUCUUGUUUUUGAGGUGGAAUUGUUUGAGUUUCGAGGUGAGGACAUAACUGAUGAUGAGGAUGGAGGAAUAAUUCGCCGCAUCAUCACUAAAGGCCAGGGAUAUUCCAAGCCUAAUGAAGGAGCUGCUGUUGAAGUCACUGUGGAAGCCACCUGUGAGGAACGUGUGUUUGACGAGAGAGAAUUGAAAUUUGAGAUUGGUGAUGGAGAGAGUCUUGGCUUGCCAGCUGGAGUGGAGAAAGCCAUCAUGGCUAUGGAGCAGGGAGAGGAGGCACUCUUUAAUAUUAAGCCCAAAUAUGGCUUUGGGAAUGCAGGAAACGCAAAGUAUAACAUUCCUGGUGGAGCAACACUGCAAUACAAGAUCAAGCUGACAGCUUUUGAGAAGGCCAAGGAAUCAUGGGAGAUGAACACGGUAGAGAAGCUGGAACAGGGCAGCAUUGUCAAAGAGAAGGGAACACAGUAUUUUAAGGAGGGAAAAUACAAGCAGGCAUCAGUUCAGUACAAAAGGAUCGUGUCAUGGCUGGAACAUGAAUCCGGUUUGUCGGAGGAGGAUGAGAAGAAAGCAAAAGCUUUGCGGUUGGCUGCACAUUUGAACUUGGCAAUGUGCUUCCUUAAACUACAGGAGCCAAACCAAGCCCUAGAAAAUUGUGAUAAGGCUCUAGAGUUAGAUGGAUCCAGUGAGAAGGCUUUGUUCCGAAGGGGAGAAGCGCUGUUUGGUAUGAAGGAGUUUGAUAGGGCAAGAGAUGACUUCCAGCGGGUUGUUCAGCUCUAUCCUGCCAACAAGGCUGCCAAGAGCCAGGUGGUUCUUUGUCAGAAACGUAUCAAGGAGCAGCAUGAGAAGGACAAACGCAUCUACGCCAACAUGUUUCAGAAGUUUGCAGAGAGGGAUUCAAAGAAAGAAGCAGUGAAGGUGAAGAGCGAGAGCAAGGAGAACGGCAAUGAUGAGAUGGAGGUUGAGAACGGAGAAAAGGAAGUUGGGAGUGAAGCAAAAGCAUAGAUGAAGAUGUGACAGCAUUAUGUUUUAUCUGUACUUCAGACUUUUGUAACUUGAGCUGUUUGUGUUUAAGUUGUGCGUGUGUGUGUGUACAUGAAAUGUGUGUAUGAGAAUGAGCGUGUCAAACGAGAGCACUGACUUUGGGCGCGUCUUCGCUGGCUUUCUUUGUGUCUGGGCUCUUUGCUGUGGCAGCUAGCCGAGCGGGUGGGGGCUUCCCUAGCUGAUGGCACUGAGGGACGUGGUUUUAAUAAAUGAAUUGAGUGCCACAACCCCACCCCACCCCGAACCCUUUUCGACCCACAGCUUUGAACUGUGCAUGUGUUUUCACAGCGUUUUGGGUAGGAAAAAAAGUGUAUCCCAAGUGUUAUGUGCAGAAAUUCAAACCCUCACCCGCCAAGGGCUAGACCAUUCACCUUGCACCACCUUCCGUCCUUUACCCUUCCUCAUGUUUUUGCUCUCCAUCCAACCCUCCUCUCAUGGGCCUACUGAUCAAUUCCUGGAGUUGUGAUGGCUGUGUGCAUAAAUAUAAUGUGUCUGAAUGUUAGAGUGCCUGUGUCCCAAAGUACGUAUGUAGCAGCACUGUGGAUAGGUGGAAUAAUAAGACAUUUUCCUGGAAAAGCUGUAGGAGUUCGAGCUCCGCAUUCAGUCUAAAGAUGGAGCCCCAAGGGUACAGGACUGUUCACUUUUGCUUUGACUUUUUGACUUUGUACUUUUUUUCCCCCAGUGUUGUGAUUGUGAUUUCUGUAUUGUUCUCAAAAUGAUGAAUACAAUGAAUUACUUAACUGGAAUAUGUGCAUUUUAAAGCAGCUAUAGUAGAAAGGACCUUAAAUAGCUUCUCCUGGACACACUCAAGUAUAAACAGUUAAGUCUUAGUCUUAAUUUACUGUAAAAAGUACAUGUAUGUACGUGUGCAUAUACGGCUCAUCAGAUUCAGACUGUUAAGACUACGCUAAAGGAAGUUGUGAGCCCUGUUCACUUUAGUCAGCACCACCUGUAGAGAGGAGCAGAAACUGAAUUAAGGGGCUAAUUUAAAACAGGGCUGUGGGUUGUGUGUUGACUUUGUCUGUGUUUGUUGGAAGGGUCACUGUUUGUUCUGCUCUGACAGAAGGAUAUAAUAAACAAUAGCUACAA